AUGGCAGAAGCCCCAGCUCUCAAGAAACAAAGACUCUCCCAGGCUCGUAAGAACCUUCGGGAGUUUGAUGGCUCCGACCCAAAUCAUUAUGAUAUGAUUCUGGUUGUCGAGGAUGAGAAGUUUCAUGUCUGCAAGAUGUACCUUGCCAUCCACUCUACCUACUUUAACACUCUCUUUUACGCCCCAUUCGCUGAAAAAGAGAAAGAGUGGGUUGAGCUGAAAGAGGUCGGAGCCGAAGAGUUCCAACACUUCCUAGAAUGCAUUCAUGGAGAUCUCUGCGUUGAUGAUCAAUCCGUGGGUGGAAUACUCCGUCUAUCCAAUAUGUGGGAGGCAAAAACUGCGACUCAAAGAUGUGAGCACUAUUUGGUGCAUGAGUCACGGAUGUCCAAGAAGGAGAAGUUUGAGCUGGCGGAUCUUUACAAUCUGCAGAUUUUGCAGAACAGUCUCCUCGCCGACGUCACCACCGGUCCGGAGCUCCAACAAAUCCUACCAAUCGACCUAUUGACUCUCAACCACGACUCCCGCGGUACAGUUCUCCGGAAGGCAAUGGACCUCCUUACAGCUGCUCCUCCAGUCUUCUUUGACGAGCAGCUUGUUGCCGUCGAGGACAACGCCGCGCAAGUUGAUCGUCCAGCAUUUCUCCAGGAUUUUGAGGUCGCACCUGCUCCACCUCCUCUACUGGCCAUGCAAAAUCCGGGUCGCGCACCUCCACCAAUGAUGCAAAAUUUUAACCUUUUGAAUAACGAUAAUCUUUUGCAAGUGUUGAACAUGUUACAGAGAAACAAUAAUGUUGUUUAA